UGUCUGGCUACCAGCUCCCCGCCGCCCUGUGCUUGGCAGGCUGGCAUCCGGCCUGGGGAAAAGUGGAGCAGGUCUGCGAGGCUAAGUGUCCCAGCAGCGCACCUAGAGGUGAGAAUCUGGAAGAAGAGGAGACCACAAGGAUAGGCCCAGGAAAAUGAAGAGAUGGAGCAGCCCAUGCAGAAUAGAGAGGAAGACUGCCCUUUGGGAGGAGGUGAAGGCCACCGGCCUGCAGGAAAUCGACGGGCACAGGCUUGCCGACUUGCCCCUAAUUUUCGAUGGGCCAUACCCAAUAGGCAGGUCAAUGAUGGGAUGGGUGGAGUUGGAGAUGAUAUGGAAAUAUUCAUGGAAGAGAUGAGACAAAUCAGGAGAAAACUUAGGGAGCUGCAGUUCAGGAAUUGUCUGCGUAUCCUUAUAGGAGAGCUCUCUAAUCACCAUGACCAUCAUGAUGAAUUUUGCCUUAUACCUUGAUUCCUGCCAUUUAUCAUGAGAUUAAUACUGUGAUUCUUGCUGUUUUCCUUUUCCUUGCAUUUUCCUAAUAUGCCUUUACUGAUCCGUUUGCUGUGAACCCUAUGUUAUUUCCAUGUGUCAAGUGGGUCUUGUGUUGCCAGCUUCUAAUUGGAGAUUGCCUUUGCACUCAGUCUAAGUUUCUGUCAGCAGUAGCGUUUCACCCAUGUGCAUGGAAAAAUUUAAAGUUAAUAAAGCAAUUUAAAAA